CUAGGGUUAGUUCACCCAAAAAUGAAAAUUAUGUAAUUAAUUACUCACCCUCACGUCGUUCCAAAACCACGUUCCACAGUUCCUAUUUUGAGUUUUAUUAGUGUCAACGUGCUCUGUUGGAGUCUGUGACAUCCGCGCAGAAGGAAGUCCUGAUUUAAAUGCGUCUCACAUCUGUGUAGCUCAGCACUACGUGCGCGCUACCUGCGGUGUGCGGAGACAGAGGUGUGCUGGGCGUUUGCCAUCAUCUGAGGGGAGGGUGAAACUUCACUUAAAUACUGGAGACAUCAGAGAGCCAUUCUCACAGCAUCGGUCUCACAGCAUCAGCGCCUCAUACACGGAGAGAACAUGGCAAACGCGUACCUUCAAGGAGUAGAGAUCUCAGCCUCUCAGUUCCUGGAUAUAUUCCAUCAUUAUGACAACGAUGGUAAUGGAUAUAUCGAGGGGAAGGAGUUGCAGAAUUUUAUCAAAGAACUUCAACAAGCACGAAAACAAGCAGGAUUGGAACUAACAGACAAAAUGAAGGCCUUUGUAGAGAAAUAUGAGCAAAAAACUGAUGGGAAGAUAGGUAUCAUUGAGCUGGUUCAAAUACUACCCACAGAGGAAAACUUCUUGCUAUUUUUCAGACAACAGCUGAAGUCUUGUGCAGAAUUUAUGGAGGCCUGGAGAAAUUAUGAUGCUGAUCACAGUGGAUACAUCGAAUCUGAUGAACUUAAGAACUUUUUGAAAGAUCUGCUUCAGAGGGCUAAAAAACCAUAUGAUGAGAAGAAAUUAGAGGAGUACACACUGACUACGCUGAAAAUUUUUGAUUCAAAUAAAGAUGGGAAAUUAUGUCUGUCAGAAAUGGCACGGCUGUUACCAGACCAGGAAAACUUUCUACUAAAAUUUCAGGGGGUAAAAAUGGCCAGAAAAGAGUUCAACAAGAUUUUUGAGUUGUAUGAUCAGGACAGGAACGGCUACAUGGACGAAAAUGAGCUUGACGCCCUCCUCAAAGACCUUUGUGAGAAAAACAACAAGGUUCUAGAAGUCAACAAAAUCCCGACGUAUAAGAGUGCCAUCAUGGCUCUGUCUGACGGAGGCAAGCUCUACAGAACAGAGUUGGCGCUGGUGCUGUGCGCAGAGGAGAUGUGAACGCCUCCGCCUGUACUCACACCAUCUCAGAACCCCAUCCCAAGCUCACCUGUGAUGUGUAACGUAGCUAGAACCUUCUUACGUUCUUUCAUUUUGAACAUGGAUUUCACAUAGGCAGGCAACCAGUGGCACAUACUUUUCAAUUUGUUGUUUCUAUACUGUUUCUUAAUGUACAGAUUUUUUAACAAUGACACACAUACAAUACUUACAACCUUCACUGCAUAGAUAAACACUACAUCUCCCUCAACAUGAGGAAGCCCCAAAAGCUAUCAAAUCCCCAUCCUGAUUUCAAAAUCCAACAUAUUCACCAAUACCUAUUCAGCAAAUAUAAGAAGUAAUGAUUUAUCUUACAAUAUCAUAGACAAAAGCAAUAAUGUCUUCAAGGAAUGCUGAUGAAACACGGCCUGUUGGUGGGGGAUCUAUGUAAAAUUCCAAAAGGCAACAUUUACUUUUGCGAUGCAUGUUUAUACUGUAGCUGAUGGCAGGCCCUGCUAGUGGGGUAUUUUUGACUGCAAGCACAUGCCGAAUGUAAUGCAUCGCCCCAGUCCUGUCUUUAAUGUUAGAUUUUGCACUGUAAAGAAUGACAUGCUCCUCUAUGCUGAACACCACAGACACUGUGUAAGAUGAUAUUAAACUUAUUAAAUGACUACUUGCAUCCA